UUCUAUUUUCUUGAACUGAGAAUUUAUAUUGUCAGAUACUGCCCAGAAACUGAAAGUAAACAUGGAAGUCAGGCCCCCCGCCUUUACUAUCAGAUUUGGCAAAGCUUCAAGGUUCUAAAGAUACUUGCCCCACUUACCCAAUCAUAAUCAUCCACGUGGCGUUUUCCUAGUUCCGUGCGCCCUUUCUUUCCACACUUACGUGGUCCGUCUCCUCAAUUGCACCGUCGCCUCACUUUGAAUUACAUCGUUGUAUUCAUUAUUUCCCAACCAUCGUCGAUGCCGGCACCAUCGCGUUAGAUAUCUCCUUAGGCUCUUCCCUAUUUUUUUAAAAAUUAAUUUUAUUUUCGCAUAUUUUGUAUGUAUAUAAAUAAUUUAUAUUAAAAAUUAAAAUAAAAUGUUAUCAGUUCAUUGUUUCUGAUUUCAAAAUUCGCUCUCUAUUGUCUUCUUCGUCGUCGUCGUCUUCUUCUUCUUCAUAGAGUUCAAGUCACCUCUGAAGACUUUACUUGAUCCUACUUACUGCUGUUCCUUCUUUCCAUUUAACUGUUUUUUAUUGCCGUUUUUUUUUUUGUUAUUGCUUCAUCGUAGUAUACAAAAUUAAAUUUCUCUUUUUGCGGUUCUCGGGUUCACUGCACUGUCGAAAUUGAAUCCUGAGACUCUUCCAAUUCCAAAUUUGAGAAUUAGGAAUUACCGUUUUCGCGAUUUUGACGAUAAAGUGAGGGACGACGAGAUAUCAGAGGACUUAGGAGUUGGAAAUUCUAUUGGUGGUGGUUGAUUUUGAGAGGGCAGGAAUGUCGAAGGUGGUGUACGAAGGAUGGAUGGUGAGAUAUGGUCGAAGGAAGAUCGGACGAUCCUUCAUACACAUGCGAUAUUUCGUGCUCGAAAAUCGGCUUCUAGCUUACUACAAGAGAAAGCCACAAGAUAGUCAGGUUCCUAUCAAGACCUUGUUGAUAGAUGGAAACUGUAGAGUGGAGGAUCGAGGUUUGAAGACCCAACAUGGACAUAUGGUUUAUGUUUUGUCAGUUUACAACAAGAAAGAGAAGUACAACAGAAUCACGAUGGCAGCAUUCAACAUCCAGGAAGCCCUAAUCUGGAAGGAAAAAAUAGAGUCUGCGAUUGAUCAGCAUCAAGAUUCACAAAUGGCCAAUGGCAACAAAUACGUUUCUUUUGAAUAUAAAUCUGGAAUGGAUAAUGGGAGGAAUGCUUCUUCAUCAGAUUAUGAAAGUCAGUUCAGUGCCCAGGAGGAUGAAGAUGAAGCUCCUCCAAAAACUUUGCUUAGGAGAACAACAAUUGGAAAUGGUCCUCCAGAUUCAAUAUUGGACUGGACACAGGAAUUUGACUCAGAAUUAUCAAAUCAAAAUGCCAAUUCCCAAGCAUUUUCUAGAAAACAUUGGCGCCUCCUUCAAUGCCAGAACGGACUUCGCAUUUUUGAAGAGCUUCUUGAAGUCGAUUACCUUCCAAGGAGCUGUAGUAAGGCUAUGAGGGCUGUAGGUGUUGUGGAAGCUACGUGUGAGGAAAUAUUUGGUCUUGUAAUGAGCAUGGAUGGAACUCGAUUUGAGUGGGAUUGUAGUUUUCAGUACGGUAGUUUAGUUGAGGAGGUAGAUGGGCAUACAGCUAUACUUUAUCACAGGCUUCAGUUGGACUGGUUCAGCAUGUUUGUCUGGCCCCGUGACCUUUGCUAUGUGCGUUAUUGGCGCCGAAAUGAUGAUGGAAGUUAUGUUGUAUUAUUUCGUUCUAGGGAGCAUGAGAAUUGCGGUCCACAACCAGGAUAUGUGCGGGCUCAUGUUGAGAGUGGAGGGUUCAACAUUUCACCCCUGAAAUCUCGAAAUGGGAAGUCCAGAACGCAGGUGCAGCAUCUCAUGCAGAUUGAUUUAAAAGGAUGGGGUGUGGGUUGUAUUUCGGCAUUUCAGCAACACUGUCUUCUUCAGAUGUUAAAUAGUGUUGCUGGAUUGCGUGAAUGGUUUGCCCAAACAGAUGAAAGAGGUGCCCCUCCUAGAAUCCCAGUUAUGGUCAAUAUGGCUUCAUCUUCAGUUUCCUUAAAGAAAACUCGAAAGAUAGAUGAGUUAUCUGUUCCCCCUGCCCCCUCUCUUUAUCAAAUGAAUGCUGCAAGCCGAAACUCUUUGUUGAUGGAUGAAUACUCUGAUGAGGACGAAGAACAAAUGCUUGAGGCAGAACAAGAGCCAUAUCCUACUAGAAGUGACUAUCAUGUCAAAAGAACAGCCCUGGAAGAAGAACCAAUUGAGAAAAUUGAUUUGUCAUGCUUUUCUGGUAAUCUACGGCGUGAUGACCGUGAUAACUCUCGUGACUGUUGGAGAAUAUCAGAUGGUAACAAUUUCAGAGUUCGUAGCAAGCAUUUUUGUUACAACAAAACAAAGAUUCCUGCAGGAAAGCAUUUAAUGGAUCUUGUUGCUGUUGAUUGGUUCAAAGACUCAAAAAGAAUGGAUCAUGUUGCCAGGCGUCAAGGUUGUGCUGCACAAGUUGCUUCAGAAAAGGGGUUUUUCUCUUUGAUCUUUAAUUUUCAAGUUCCUGGUUCGACACACUAUAGUAUGGUAUUCUAUUUUGUGACGAGGGAAUUAGUACCUGGAUCUCUUUUGCAGCGAUUUGUUGAUGGUGAUGAUGAAUUCCGCAAUAGCAGGCUGAAGCUUAUUCCAUCAGUGCCAAAGGGAUCAUGGAUUGUGCGGCAGAGUGUUGGUAGCACCCCUUGUUUGUUGGGUAAAGCAGUUGAUUGCAAUUAUAUCCGUGGUCCCAAGUACUUAGAAGUUGAUAUUGACAUAGGCUCUUCUACCGUUGCUAAUGGAGUUUUGGGGCUUGUAACUGGUGUAAUUAGGACAUUGGUGGUUGACAUGGCUUUCCUUGUACAGGCAAACACAACGGAUGAGCUGCCAGAACGGUUAAUUGGUGCAGUUCGUGCUUCACAUAUAGAGCUAUCGUCGGCCAUAGUUCCAAAGCUUGAUGUGGAUCCAUCAUGAUUAUUUUGACCACAGCUGAUUUUAUAGGAAUCGUCUGUUCUGAUAUAUUAAUCUCUUUGGCAUUCUGUCAUUAACAGUUACAGGAAGAUGUCAUACUUUUUUCCAAAGUAGUGAAAGGAAAAUGGAAUUCUGACGUCA